AUGGUAGCAAAUGAACUAUUAAAUGUUACUUUUGAUGAGGUGAGGCUGAAAGAAUUUCCAAUGAUUGGUACAGAAUCAAUAGUGAUAAGGGGCGAAAAUACUCCAACGACAGAUACAGAUAAUGAAACUGAUACCUUCAGUGGGAAUAGCCUAACUUCAAUAAGUAAUGAAGGUAAAAGUAUAGAAGAUUUGAAACAGGAUAUCGAUUUGAUCAACUCUGAGAAAUAUUGUAUAAGUAAUCAUGAUGAUGUAGAUUGCAGUAAUAAUUUAGACGUCUAUGUAAAUUCAUUUAAACAAAUAACCAAAGAUAAUAAGCUAAUGAGAUGUGAUAGAAUAAUUUUAUUGGAUUUAGAUAAUACAUUAAUACCAACUAGUUGGAUUAUGCAAAAAUGGCGUAAUAUCCAAUAUGAAUUUGGAAAUAUUGGUGAUAAUUUUGAAAGUAAUAAUAAUGAGCAAUGCUUAUAUAUGCUAACUGAGUCUAUAAGAACACAGUUGGAAGAAGUUGGACUAUUUGACAUACUUGAACGUUUGUUUAAUGAUCUCUGGAAGAAUGGUAAAGUCUUAAAAAUUGUCAUUGUCACUAAUGCUGGAUUAAGAACAGUUGAAUUGUUUUAUUUAAAAUAUUGCUUACCUAAGCUGAAUGAGCUUAUUAUCAAAUAUAAUAUAUCAAUAAGAUCAACAGAGGAAUAUAUUAAGAAAUCAGGGCCACCUCCUUCACCAUUUCAAGAAGAAGAUUACCGUGAGUUUUAUACAAAUGCAAAACUUUGUGAAUUUCAAAGAGUACUAUUAGAUUGCUGGCAUAGCAAACAGGUACAAUUUGAUUUAAUAUCCGCAGGCGAUCAAGCAUGUGAAAUGACUGCAGCUUGUAGAAUAAGUAAGUUUUAUGAAGAACGAAUAAACAGAACCAAAUUAGUAUAUAUACACGAUCCAGAUGAUUUCCGAUUCUGGAAACAAACUCCAGAAAGUUUUAUGAAUCAGUUAACAGAGACAUAUAAGGAAUUAUUGCUCUUAUUGGAUAAUGAUUCUGAAACAUUAAUUGGAACUAAGGAUGAUUCAAACUCAAAUAGUUACAUAAAUCAGCAUUAUACUAAUGAAGAACAAACUUUAGGUUGGUUUUCAAAAGGUAAAUAUAUAAAUAUUGCAGUAAGCAAGCCAGAAAGGUUUGUAUUACCUAAUGGUAACGCACCUAUUUACUAUAAUACCGAGAAACUGUACUAUAAAAAACAAAUUUAG